AUGGCGGACUUUGUAGAUGAUUAUGACUUGUUUGUAGCAGACCCAGAGCCAUAUCUGUUUGAACCCGAGUACACGGAGGAGGAAUUAGCUCUUAUGGACCGUAAAUCCCUCAACUCAGAAUUUCUUCAGGGUCCUGAUUUGACCAGCACACUAUUCAAUGUCCUCACCAGAUUUCGCCAAGAGCCUGUAGCAGUUAUGACAGAUAUCAAAGCAAUGUUUCACCAGGUCAGAGUGUCAAGAUCAAAUGUUGACUUCUUGCGAUUCCUCUGGUGGCCAGGUGGUGAUGACAGUAUGCCUGCUGUGGAACAUCGAAUGGUGGUACAUCUAUUUGGGGCGGUCUCAUCCCCCAGUUGUGCUAACUUUGCUCUAAGGCAAACAGCCAAAGAUAACAAAGACUGUUUUCGAACUGAGGUGAUAAGUACUGUUGAGAACAACUUCUAUGUAGAUGAUUGCUUGAAGUCACUUCCAACAGAGCAUGAUGCAGUAGCACUGGUAAAAGACCUCACAUCUCUCUGUCAAACAGGAGGAUUCCACCUCACAAAGUGGGUGAGUAACAGUCGCACUGUUCUUGAACACAUUCCAAAGGAAGACAGAGCUCUGAAUGUAAAGGAAUUGGAUCUCGACAGGGAAAAGCUUCCCACUGAAAGAGCUCUUGGAUUGUUGUGGUGCGUAGAGAAUGAUGUGUUUAAGUUCAACAUCACUGUCAAGUGCAAAUCCCACACCCGAAGAAACUUACUAUCAGUUGUGAGUUCCAUAUAUGAUCCACUUGGAUUUUGAGUCCCUUUACUCUACCUGCCAAUACUUCUCCAAGACCUCUGUAGGAGCAAAUGUGGUUGGGAUGAGGAAAUACCACAGACUGCAGUAGAUAAGUGGACAAAGUGGAUUAAGGAUCUUGACGAGAUACAAGAUUUCAGAGUGGUACGUUGUGUAAAACCAACUGGUUUUGGAACAUUGAAGCAAGCAGAGCUGCAUCAUUUCUCCAAUGCCAGUGAACAAGGAUAUGGCAUUGUGAGUAAUUUAAGACUGACUGAUGAUAUCCGCACUGUACAUGUGUCUUUCAUGUUGGGGAAAGCCAGAGUGGCCCCAAUUAAGCAAGUCACAAUUCCACGUCUAGAACUUACAGCCCCAGUUCUAGCAGUCAGAGUGGACAUCAUGGUAAGGAAGGCAUUGGAGCUAAAUCUGAAAAACUCAACAUUUUGGACUGAUAGUCAGUCAGUGCUGAAAUAUGUUGCAAAUGAGAAUGCAAGAUUCCGCACAUUUGUAGCUAAUAGGAUCUCUGUUAUUAGAGAAAACACAGAUGUAACACAGUGGAAAUUUAUCAGAACAAAGCAGGACCCUGCUGACCUAGCAUCAAGAGGGGUGAGUGCCAGCACAUUGGUGAAGUGCAAGGAGUGGAUCCAUGGACCAGACUUUCUAUGGAAGAAAGAAGAGGAAUGGCCUAAAGGAAUGGCCUCCGUGGGACCAUGUCUCUCUCUCUAGAUGAUCUUGAAGUUAAAAGGAACACCACUGUGUAUAGUACCAUCAUUAAAGACAAGGAAAAUCCUACCAGCCCAACUACUUAAGUUGGACAAAGCUGAAGAUGGCAGUAGCAUGGUUCUUGAAGUUCAAGAAUAUCCUUCGCUUGCUCAAUGCAAAAAGAAAAGAAGUACAGGCAACCUGCGUGAAUAAGGACACUCAGAGCCAAAACAAGGUAUGCAAUGAAAUUAAAGCAUUCAAGACAUCACUUGGAGGACAAUCCAUAACUCUGGAUGAUCUCUUGAAAGCAGAAAAGGCCAUUGUGGAGUUUUGCCAUACACGAACAGCUUGGACAUGCUGGCAGAAACCAUGUUCUCUCACACCUGAGAAAGAAAUAUUGGAUUAUAAAUGCCAAUUCUGCAGCCCGCAAAGUUCUUUCUAAAUGUGUGGUGUGCAAGCGUGUAAGAGGAAAGAUUGGAGAACAAAAGAUGGCAGAUUUACCAAAGUAAAGACUACAAGCUGAUCUUCCACUUUUCAGCAAUGUUGGCAUUGACUACUUUGGACCUUUCGAGACAAGAAGAGGUAGAAGUCAAGUAAAAAAGUAUGGAGUCAUUUUCACUUGCAUGACAAGCAGAGCAGUUCACCUUGAAAUGGCUCACUCACUGAACACUGAUUCCUGCAUUGACGCUUUAAGACGAUUUAUAGCCAGAAGAGGUCAAGUACUGGAUAUUCGAUCUGACAACGGAACUAACCUGGUGGGUGCAAAAAGAGAGUUACA